GAUCUCGAAUCCUCCUCCAUUGUCUGAUUUGUUCAUCUUUCUCCGUCUCUUCUGGAUCUUACGCAAUGUAUAGAGUUUUGGCGAGCCGAGCACUUAGAGCUAAGUCUCUCUGUGACAAAUCAUCUACCUCCCUUGCUUCUUUGACUCUCCCCAGAUUGAAUCAUUCCAUACCUUUUGCUACCGUAGAUGCUGAGGAGCUAUCUGGUGCUCACCCUGCUGAAGUACAGAGCUUUGUGCAGGGGAAGUGGAUUGGAUCUUCGAAUCAUAACACACUUUUGGAUCCUCUAAAUGGAGAACCUUUCAUUAAAGUUGCUGAAGUGGAUGAAACAGGAACUCAGCCAUUUGUAGACAGCUUAUCCCAGUGCCCGAAGCAUGGUCUUCAUAACCCUUUCAAAUCUCCAGAGAGAUACCUUUUGUAUGGAGAUAUCUCGACAAAGGCAGCUCAUAUGCUCGCCUUACCUAAGGUAGCUGAUUUCUUUGCGAGGUUAAUUCAAAGGGUUGCUCCAAAGAGUUACCAGCAAGCUGCUGGAGAAGUCUUUGUCACACGGAAAUUUUUAGAGAACUUUUGUGGUGACCAGGUGCGGUUCCUGGCACGGUCUUUUGCAAUCCCUGGAAAUCAUCUUGGACAGCAAAGUCAUGGUUACCGUUGGCCUUAUGGUCCUGUAACGAUUGUAACACCAUUUAAUUUUCCACUUGAGAUUCCCCUACUUCAGUUGAUGGGGGCAUUAUACAUGGGUAACAAACCUCUUCUUAAAGUAGACAGCAAGGUAAGCAUUGUGAUGGAGCAAAUGAUGCGACUGCUCCAUUAUUGUGGCUUACCCGCAGAAGAUGUUGACUUUAUAAAUUCUGAUGGGAAGACAAUGAACAAGAUCUUGUUAGAGGCAAGUCCUCGGAUGACACUUUUCACAGGUAGUUCUAGAGUAGCUGAAAAGUUGGCACUUGACCUUAAGGGUCGAAUCAGAUUGGAAGAUGCUGGAUUUGACUGGAAAGUCUUAGGACCAGAUGUUCAGGAGGUUGAUUACGUUGCAUGGCAAUGUGAUCAAGAUGCAUACGCGUGCAGUGGACAGAAGUGCUCUGCACAGUCUAUGCUUUUUGUUCAUGAGAACUGGUCAAAAACCCCUCUUCUUUCCAAAUUAAAAGAACUAGCAGAAAGACGCAAACUGGAAGACUUAACAAUUGGUCCUGUCCUCACAUUUACAACUGAGGCAAUGUUGGAGCACAUGGAGAACCUGCUUCAGAUUCCUGGCUCGAAGCUACUCUUCGGUGGCAAGGAACUGAAGAAUCAUUCGAUUCCUUCUAUCUACGGAGCUUUGGAGCCCACUGCAGUUUACGUUCCCAUUGAAGAAAUCUUGAAGGAUAGUAAAACCUACGAACUCGUCACCAAAGAAAUCUUUGGACCGUUUCAGAUUGUAACGGAAUACAAAAAGGAUCAACUUCCUUUAGUGUUGGAAGCUUUGGAGAGGAUGCACGCUCAUCUAACUGCAGCUGUUGUUUCAAACGAUCCCAUCUUUAUUCAGGAAGUUGUAGGGAACUCGGUGAAUGGGACUACAUACGCUGGACUCAGAGGAAGAACAACUGGUGCUCCUCAGAAUCACUGGUUUGGACCUGCGGGGGACCCGAGAGGGGCCGGGAUAGGAACACCGGAAGCUAUAAAGCUGGUCUGGUCAUGCCACAGAGAAGUCAUUUAUGAUUAUGGUCCGGUUCCAAAAGGUUGGGAACUUCCUUCAUCUACUUAGAAGUUGUGUGUCCACUAAUGAAGUAAGCUCGUAGUUUGCUUGUUGCAUCGAAUAAAAGUGAUUAGUUAUCUCUACUAGUAGUUUCAGUGGGAGGGAAUAAGAGAUUGAAACAUGAAGUUUUCAACGGGGUUGACUUGGUCAAGGGGUGGAGAGAUUAAGAGAGAGAGAGAGAGCGCUAUUGUAAAACUUGAGGAACUUUUAAAGUCCUCCAGAAUCUCUAGUUAUAAUAACUGUUUUUGUUCAA